GUCCGUAACUCACCAUCACCAAGCAGUUGUAUGCGCACGUUGGCCGUGUGAGUGGCAACAAGGUGACUGUCGGACUGCUUGGAGGAACAAUCAAUUCAAACUGUCAAUACUGGAGAUAAGUUGUUUGGUUUUCUUUGUUUUCGUAAAGUGAUGUUACGUUGAAGCGGCAAAUUUUUGACUCAGUGCGCAUUAUAACAUUGUUAAGCUAGUUACAUGAAACUGCAGUGCAAUAUUUGGUCCUAUAGCCAGGAGAAGUUCCGAGGUGAUAGCGUAGCUGAUAAAAUCCUUGGAACAUUUGAGAUGAAGACUGAAUUUCGAAGUUGCUCAGCUUGUGGAGAACCAAUUUGUGACAAGUUCCUUCUAGAAGUCAGUGGUAGUACUUGGCAUGCUCGAUGUUUAAGAUGCUGCGUGUGCCAGUUGCAGCUUGAUAGACAGCCUUCUUGCUUCAUUAGAGACAGAGCCAUAUAUUGCAAGCAGGACUACGCAAAAAGUUUCGGCGCCAAAUGUUCAAUUUGCUCACGAGGAAUCUCUUCCAGUGAUUGGGUACGAAAGGCUCGUGAUCACGUUUACCAUCUUGCUUGUUUUGCAUGUGCGGCAUGCCACAGACAGCUCUCUACAGGGGAGGAGUUUGCUCUGCACGAGGACCGAGUGCUGUGCAAGGCCCACUAUUUGGAAACGUUAGACGGUGGCACAACUUCGUCUGAUGACGGAUGUGACGCAGAAGGAUAUCACAAAAACAAGGCGAAAAGAGUUCGAACCACUUUCACAGAAGAACAAUUACAGGUACUUCAAGCGAACUUUCAAUUGGACUCGAAUCCAGAUGGUCAGGACCUGGAAAGAAUCGCACAAAUUACAGGACUCAGCAAACGAGUCACACAGGUGUGGUUCCAGAACUCGAGAGCAAGACAGAAAAAACACAUGCAUACGGGAAAAGUUAAAACACAGUUGCACAACCCUAGAGAUGAUAAUUCCUUCGGUAGGCAUAUAAACCUUCAUCUCACUUAUUCGCUCCAGCAUCAAAAUAAUAACACAAAAACAAGCUUGUUCUCUCAGUCUGUAAAUAUGAAUUUUAAUUUUCAGAAUCUUCUUUAGAUGAGCUGUCACAAGAAUCCACAAUGCACUGUAUGCAAAGUGAAGUCUAAUGCUUAAUGACUAGUAAAUUUGAGUUGGAAAGUAAACGUACUUGCAGAAUUGAGAUAUUCUGGUAUAUUUUGUGAUCACUAAAUGUAUUUUUAGUAUUAUUAUAUUGAUUAUAUAUUGUUAAUAAGUGGUAUUUAUUUAUUUCGUUAUGUAUAUAAGAUUGCCACUUUUUGUGCUAAAAUAAUGAAGUAGCAGUAUAUGUUAUACUCAGUUAUUAUUACUGUACACAGUUGUAAGUAAAAAAGUUAAUAAAAUAUUUGAAAACUA